UACAAGAUACAGCAAUGUAAGAUGGUCAGAAGUUAAUGGCUUCUAAAGAAAACAUAUACUUUUUACGUUCCUUUUUAUUACUUAUUGAGGGUGGCUUAUAUAUUUCAAAAGAAAUUUUAAGUCGAGAAUGUCAAAAGUCUGAAAAUGACCUUGAUGAAUUGUUAAAAAUCAAUGAACGGAAACUGAAACAUUUGUUUCACGACAAGCAAUACAAGAAAUUGUUUCCCAAGUUUGGCAAAGCCGAUAUCAACAAUUGGGACUUGCAACUGUCAGUUGGUGUUUUAAUAAAUGUGUUUGGAAGCAAUCUUAAAGCUGAAAAACAUAAGCUAAGAGCUCUAAGUGAUUUAAGAAAUGAUAUUUAUAUGCACUGCACUGAUGCUGCUCUAGAUGAAAGCAAAUAUGAAGAAGUUAUAGAAGAAUUAAAUGACACCAUUACAACAUUAGCGUCAACGUUUGAUAUUUCAGUACAACAACAUUGUUCAAACUAUAUCAAACAGUUUACUACCGGGCCAUUAGAAGCCGUAAGACCAUCUUUACCGACAUUGAAAGGAUUUAGCCAGUUAUGUCAAAAGAAAUUUAAAGUUGGUGUGGAAACAGAAUUGGUUAUCGGUGGUCCUUCUUCAACCUGGACAAAUCUUUGCGAACACAAUCUUGAUACAAUAUUCAAUCAUGCUGAAAGCAUGGCAAGUGAAGAUGGUAGAUUUCAAGAAAUUAAAGAAAAUGUUGAGAGAAUGCUUAGCUAUAUGGAGAGGAAUAAAGAUGUUAUAUUCAAAGGAUGUAAAAAAACUCUCUCAAAUGAAGAGGAAGAACAACGACAUGUUGUUGAAAUAUCAUCUGAAGAAAAUAUCCACGAAAACAAGGCAAUGGCAAUGACGUCACGUGAUGUUCAUAAGGAAACGAAGUUGAUUAAACAAAGCGAAAUCUCUCUGUUGCUGAAUUUUGAAUUACAAUCUGAGGAAGCCUUACCUCAAAUGCUACAAACAUUCAAGGGAACUCAAUUCUCGGACAGCUUGACGAAGGUUGCUGACUCACUUUCACGUUACUGUGGCAGUGAAAUUACUCUCAAAUCAUCUGUGAAUGUCGGUGCUUUGCUGGAAGCUUUAGAAGAAUCAGUGUUCGACAAAGAUGCACUAGAUAAAGAGUCGGAGAGCAUAUAUGCGAAGACAUCAAAAGAGGACGAAUUAACAUUGUCAGUGAACGAUGACAUGACGUCGGAAAGAAUCUAUACGAUUACAUCAAAAGAGGCUGAUUUACAGUCAUUGCAAGGAACAGAAGAAGAAAGAGUAGCAGUUUCAGUUACUGACCAAAAGAAGCAGGAAGACGGAUAUACCAGAAACAGCGAAACGGAAUCAGAAUAUACUGAAUUUGACCGAACUGAAGCAAGUAGACGACGUGGAUACAUCCCUGGGAAUUACGUAAGGCAAGAUGAAGAUAUAAAUACAUGUGGUGACCUUACAAAUGAAUUGGAGAAGGUAUUACUUCGUCGCCGUGCUGCGUUAGAGAAAAGUUCUUCAAAUGAAAAAGUACAUCGUCGGGGCAUUGUGCAGACACAUAUUCAAGCUGAUGCACCUCCGAUUGCGAGAAAACCCUCGCCAGGAACCAUACGGCGACGAAGGAACACGUGGCACCAAAGUAGUGAUACGGUACAGCCUUGGGACAUUGAGCAAACACAAAAAACAGUCACACCACAGCCAUCUAUGAUAGACCAGAAAAAACUUAACAUGAUAUGGAAAAGAAGGGAAGAAAACAAAACUCAAAUCUAUGACGAAUGUGAGCUGAUAAGCAAGUUCUUAGAAAAUAUGUCAAGCUCCAUUGUGCACGUUUGGCCGGCUUACGACACAAAGGCAAAUGAUGAUAUCGUGUUUGUUGUUCUCACUUCUAAGGGCAUCGAAGACAAUCUGCAGGUCAAAGACAAACUUAAAAAGACUGGUUACAAUGUCUUUGUUAUUCAUGUUGACUCAUGUAGCAAAGAAUCAGAACAAGUUUUACAAAAAUUAGAUCAACUGGAGACAAAUCAAUGCUUCUCUAAAUUAGAGGAUUUAGGAAGCGUAAUUAAUAAACACUCUGACCGUCUUCUUCGAAAUCACCAAUAUAUAUCUGCUAUAUCAGGAAGUAAUGUUAGAUCUGAAAGGUUUAGUUUAGGGCAAUCCGAGCAUCUUGUUUCUUUCCAACCAUGCAUUGUUUUAUAUGUUAUUGCAAAAGGUAAAAUUCCACUGCACGAAAAUAAAUUUGAAGACAAUUUAGAUGGCAUUCCGGUUGAUGUUAGAGAGGGUAUAUUUCAGAGAACAAUUUUGCCGUCGGAAAGGUAUAGCAAACCUGUCAAAAUGGGUUGUCAAAUUACAUCAAAUAAGACUCCUCUUGAAUCAUUUGGAACACUGGGUGGUUUUUUCUAUCAUAAAGAUUUUGGAUUAUGCGGUGUCACUUGUGCACAUGUUGUGUUAGAAGAAGCAACGAUACAUGAUAUCAGAGGAGAAAAGAAAAUUUGGUCAAAAGAGGAGUCGCCAAUGGUUUUUCAUCCAAACACAACACAACAUGAAUACAAGCUUGGUCCUGUGAAAGAAGCGGUUUACCGAACUGGAAGUGAAGAUUCAAGUGGUAUCGAUAUUGCUGUUUUCAAAAUAGAAGGUGCAGCUCCUGAUUCCGGGUUUUUCCCAGAAGAAUCAGAGAUGUGUUUCGAAACUGGAAGAACUCUAGGGACAUCUGACCUAAAAUACAAUACACCGGUCUUAAAAUAUGGGCGAACGACCGCACUCACUAGAGGAUAUAUAGAGUUUGAAAAUAUCACGGUCCGAAUGAUUAAAUAUGAGCGUAAGUAUACACUUGGCAGCAAUGAGUAUACAUUUCUUUUAAAAAAUCAAAUAGCAGUUAGACCUGAAUUAAAUUCAUGCACUCAAUUGUUCAAUGACUUUGGUGAUUCUGGAGCUUUCGUGUUCGUGAAAGAUUCUGACAAUCAGUUAGUAUGUAUUGGGAUUUGUGUUGGUAAACUAAAUACACACGGUAUUAUUAUCCCAAUAUCUGCCGUUAAAGGGGAUCUCGGUAUUUCAAAGUUUUGUGAUUUUAGAUGGCAUCGUCUUAGUGAGAAAAUCAAGGAAAUGGACGAAAAACUAGACACGAUUUUAGAUAGGUUGUCUCGAAUCUCAAGCCAAUAAAUCAACGACAUACUAUUUUUGUUCUUAAACCUGACUUAUGGUGUUAGGGUUAAUUCUAGUGAAACAAAUGUCAAGGUAUAACCGUUUUCGAGUCAAAUGAUGAUUUUACUAGUAUCGGCGGCUCGAAACACGAACGAAUGACAAUGUCAGAAAUAUUUCCGACAUCACUGAGAAUGAUUUCCACGUAACCAUUUGGAUCCUUUCUAAAUAAAUAUUUCGGUUUCGGUACUGCAAAGCGCAUUCUUGUGUGAGACUUGAAAAUGAAAGCGGUAUGUGCGUACCGACUUGAAUGACAAACAAUAUUUUUAGGCUGAUCGUGUUUUUUUUUCUUUUUUUUUGGUUAGUUUUGUUUUGUUGUUUUUUGCAUACAUUGUAUUUAGUUUUUUAUGUUUUCUUUCUUUUCUUCUUAAAAUGAAUGAUGUUAAAAUGUUAUGCUUAUAUGAUAUCUGCAGUCGUAUACGUUUUGACUAUUUCAUAAUUUUUAUUUCAUUUUCUUUCUUUUUUUUGUGGGGGUGAGGGUGGGUGAAGGAGGGGUGAGGGGGCAUCGCUGGCCAUUGAUGUGCAUUGUGCAGAUAUGUAUCUGUUGUUUAUUAACAUUUUGGCUCAUGUAGACCAAACUUAGGAUGAUAUUUUACAAUACGUAUACUUUUUAUACUUUUAUGUUCGUAUGUAUGAACAUAUGUAUACCAACAUUGAUUGUACUAUGAUUGAAAGUUAUAUUAACAGUGGCCUAUCAUUUUAGAUCGCCCCUCCUAAAUACCUGUAGUAAGCAUUAUUUUGAGCAGUAUAUUUACCUAUCAAUUUGUAUUGUAAAUGUAAUUGUUAUAAGUUUGUUUAUAAAUCUUAACCUCUAUAUCGAAGCUCAAAAGUGCUUUCAAUAAUCUAAUUGUUUCCGUCAAAACUAAUAUGUUUACUCAGAGCAAAGUUAUUAUGAUUCCGAUCAAAAGUAUGUAACUCCAAACAAAUGUAUCAAAUGUAUGCAGCAUGCCAAACUCUUUAAAUAUUAUAUCCUAAUUGCACAUGAAUACAAAUUGUGUACAGAGUAAAAUAGGUUGUCAUUGACCGGAAAAGCACUAUGUGUCAUUUUUACAGUAAAAUGUGGUUGAGAAUAAUAUUCAUUUUUAAUGAAUAUGUAAUGUAUUUCAAAACAGAUAGCAUAAAGUACAUCAAUCCAAAAUAUUCAAUACUUAUUA